CGUGGAUAUGUUCCUCUUUGCCUUCGUUUCACUGUCUUCCGACCAGUCCAGAUAUUCUGCAACACUAAAAUUAAAAGCUUUAAAGAAAGAAGGACGAGAAGAAGAAGAACAAAAGAAAACGAAAAAUAAAACCCUAAUUAAGCAAUUUAAGACCCUCUUCGAUCUGAGAAUCAUAUGAUAUGAAACACUUCGGUGUUUUGCCGUUGUUUUAGUUCUGAUCUUGUUGUUCUUUACGUUUUUUUUUUUUUUUUUUUUCUGCAGGAUUAACCUCGACGUUGGCUGCUCUGUUUAUGAUCAGAGGAGCUUCUAAGUUAAUGGUUCUGUGAAGGUACCUGGUUUCCCUAUAUAACGUUUUAGAUCGGCGUCCUUGCAAUAUUGGAGGGUAAAGUAAGGUUUUAGGGAGUUAACACCGUUAGAGCUGUAUUUGAGAUGAUUGGUAUCGGAUCUGUUUUGUGGAUUGAAGCAGAGUUUCUCAACGUCUCAAUAAUGUGGGUCCCUCAUAAUUGCUCAUUUUGAGUCUGGUAGAUGGGGGGAGUUCCUGUGAACAAUGUUAGUGCUGGAAACAGAGGGCUGGCGGAAGUGAAUCACCAUAUACGGGAUGAGCACAAGGAAGUUAGGAAUGGAGUAGUGGGUGAAGGGCAGGGUCUUUUGGAGGAAGAUGAGUUGAUGAUUAAUGGGGUUUCUGUAUAUGUAAAUGCUGGAUGCGAAGGGGCAGGUCAGGCCCAACCUGCUCUGCAGAGACCGCAGCAACAGUCUCAAGGGCCAGUUGUUUGUUGGGAGAGGUUUCUUCCUUUUAGGCCACUGAAGAUUCUUCUGGUGGAAAAUGAUGAUUCAACACGCCAUGUAGUCUGUGCUCUUCUUCAGAAUUGCAGUUAUGAGGUUACUGCUGCUUCAAAUGGUCUACAAGCAUGGAAAAUCUUAGAAAAUCUUACAAAUAACAUCGAUCUCGUCUUAACCGAGGUAGUAAUGCCUUGUUUAUCGGGCAUUGGUCUUCUCUGUAAGAUUAUGAACCACAAGACUUGCAAGAAUAUUCCUGUGAUUAUGAUGUCAUCUCAUGAUUCUAUUGGUUUAGUCUUUAAGUGCUUAUCAAAAGGUGCUGUUGACUUUUUAGUCAAGCCUAUCCGGAAAAAUGAGCUUAAAAAUCUAUGGCAGCAUGUUUGGAGGAGAUUCCACAGUCCUAGUGGUAGUGGCAGUGAAAGUGGUAUACAGAUUCAAAAAUCUACCAAAUCCAGAAGUGCUGAAGAGUCUGACAAUAAUACCAGCAGCAAUGAUGAAGAUGAUAAUGCAAGUAUUGGUUUGAAUGCCAGGGAUGGAAGUGACAAUGGAAGUGGCACACAGAGCUCCUGGACAAAGCGAGCGGUAGAAGUUGACAGCCCACCACCAAUGUCCCCGUGGGAUCAUGUAGCUGAUCCUCCUGAUAUUACUUGUGCCCAGGUUAUCCAUCCAAAGCCUGAAGAACAUGACAAUGAGUGGUUUCAUGUAACUGCAAUGGAGUCCCAGAAAGAGGACAAACAACUUGAUAGUGUGGCAAUGGGCAAGGACUUGGAGAUUGGAGUAUCCGGAAAUCCAGAGUUACAACUUAAAUAUCCACAUGAAAAAGUUGCCACCAACCUAACAAGCCCAAAGGAGGGCACAUCAUCUGAAGAUUGCAAGAAUGACAGUAGGCAACUAGAAUUCGAUGGCGAGAAGCAAGUUGGCAAAUUGAAGGUCCAUGCUCCUGAUCUAAUAGGUGGGAUGACCAGUCAUAAUGAUAGUCAGAUGGAAACUGGAGUCUCUGAGGCUCCAAAUGUCCUAUCCAAGACCACAGAAAUCAAAGAUAAAACCAUCUCUGAUGCUAAAGGGUUACCAUCACUUGAGUUGACCCUAAAGAGGUUGGGAGGAGUUGGAGAUGUUGGGACCACUUUCCAUGGUGAUCGCAAUAUGAGGCAUUCAGAUCUUUCAGCAUUCUCAAAGUACAAUACUGCUUCUACUGCUAAGCAGACUGCAACUGCAAAUGUAGGAAGUUGUUCUGUUCCUCUCGACAAUAGUUCAGAUGCAGUGAAAACUAAUUCAGUACACAAUAUUCAAUCUCAAUCCAAUACAACCCCUCCCAACCAGUGGUCCAAUGGAAGCAGAAACAACAAUGAUAUGGGCUCAACCACAAAAAAUGUCUUCACUAGGCCAACGGUUUUCACUGAAAAGUUGGCAUCUACAUCAGCAGCCAAAUAUAUACACCCCUCUGCCUUCCAACCUGUGCAGAACUCUUGCAUUUAUCCAGCUCAUCAAGACAUACAUAACAGCGCUGAUAAUGCAGCUGGGAACAUUGAUAUAGAACAAGCAAAGGGCUCAUUCAAUCAGAUUCAAGUCCAGCACCACCAUCACCACUACCAUCACCAUCACCACCAUGUCCACAAUGUCCAGCAAAAGCAGCCACUAGCAGAUCAUGAUGAUUUGUCCUUGAAGAAUAUGGCAGCAACUACUCCACAAUGUGAGUCAUCCAAUGUGUUUGGUAGGCCUGCUGAAGGCAAUGUGGGGAACUACAGCCUGAAUAGGAGCGCUUCAGGGAGUAACCAUGGUAGCAACAGGCAGAAUGGGAGCACUACUCCUGUAAAGACAGAUGGAAUGAAUGUGGAAAGUGACAAUGGAAUAGUUGGAAGGAAAGGAACUGCUGAUGGUAGUGGUAGUGCUACUGGAAGUGGAGUGGAUCAAAACCGCUUUGCACAGAGAGCGGCCGCCUUGACCAAAUUCCGUCAGAAGAGGAAAGACCGAUGCUUUGAAAAGAAGGUACGAUACCAGAGUAGGAAAAGAUUGGCAGAACAGCGACCACGUGUUCGGGGGCAAUUUGUGCGACAGGCAGCACAUGAAAAGACAAACCGAAACGUUGGUUGCUAACCUACCUGUGUGCUUGUGGUGCAUGUGGAAUUAUGUACAUGAAAUUAGCACCCAGCUGUUUAUGUAGGGAUCAGUUCUGGUCUUUUAGAUGUUGUGCUUUAGGAUGUGGGGGGCGUGUGACGGGACUAAUUUAUUAUUGCUUUAGUAUAUGCAGAAAACAAACACUUUGAUGCGAAAACUAAAACUUAAAAGACAUAUUGAAACGCUCCGUAUGGUUUGUGGAA